CUUGAGAAAGUAAAAAAGGCUGAGUCCCAAUGCCUGCAAGUCUGAAUUUGUAACAGUAGAUCUGAGUUUUCUCGGUAUCGUAAUCUAAAAGAAUAGUAAAACUAUAAACUUUUUACAGAGUAAUUGCAUCAUUUGCAAAGAUUUGUCUUUCUCUUGCUCACUCUCACGGGGUCGGUCACUUGCUCUUCCUCUGUAUCCACGCAAACAAUUCCUUUCUUUUGCAGGUGAAAACAACCAAACCUGCAAAUAAACACUGUUCAAAAGCAAAGCUAUCCCUUUCUUUCUCUGGACUCUAUGGGUACCAUGAUUCACCAUUUUCAAUUUCUCUCGUCCCACCCACAAAACGGAGUGCAAAGGGUUUCCUUUUUUUAGCGUUUUUUGUUUACUCAAGAGAGAGAGCUGAACUACUUCGCCUAUUAAAGAAAAAAAAUUAGAACCCCACUAAACAGAACUCUAAAAAAUACACAACUCUAUUACAUUCUUUGUUUCUCUCUCUUUCCAUUACCAUGGAAGGUCUCAAUUUUCUCAGAUUUUGGAAACAUAGCUAUGGUGCUCACAAAGAGAACCAAAACCAACCUUGUUGUGAAAACAGUGGCACCACGGAGAUUCCAAAGUCUUUGAUUGUUUCAGAUCAUGAGUUGGAUGAAGGAGAGGACUCUUUCAUUGACUUGGAGCUUCCUAUACAUGAGUUUGACGACAAGGGAAAUGCCCACGGCAACAGCCAUGAAGAGAACGGUGUCAAAGACAAGAAAAGAUUCGACUCCAAGGAAGAGCGAGCAUUCCACAAACCGGCUAAGAAUGUUGGUGAUAAAGAGCUCGACUUGCCACAGCACACUCGUUCUUUGUCUCCGAAUGAUCACUUCUCCAAAAGAAAGAUCAUUCCCAUUGAGCCAAGCUCCAAGCCUCAAUCUCUCAUAGCUCUGUUAAAAUCUGCUCCAAAGUUUCGACUCUUUACUCUUAAGAAGUCAGAGUCAAUGGCAAAUACCUGUAAUACAUACGCAGCAGAGAAAACAGAGUUCCUCGGUAUUUCUAUGGAGACCCCAAAGCAUGAAAAACAAGGCAAGAGCGAACAUUUCAAAGUGAAAUUCAAAAUAGAGGAGUCUUCAAACCUCCCAAUCUUCACCAGUGAAAAUAGGUUGCGGAAAACAAAAGGCAAAACAGAGGAUUCGUUUUCAGAUUAUUCCUCAAAGAGAUUAUCGAAAGAUCGAAUACAGAAAUACCUGAAUUUAAUCAAGCCAUUGUAUGUGAAAGUCUCCAAAAAGAACAGUCAAAGUGACAAGACAAAAGUCUUAGGCGACUUAUCAAUGUUAUCCCCGGUGGCUUCUCCAUCAACGGUAUAUUCCAUGAAGGAGAAACAGGGGAAUCUUUCAACAGGGGUUAAAGGGGUUUGCAAGCACUUGGGAAAGAGCAGAUCAGCCUCGGCUGCCUCAUCACCAAUUAAUAGGAGAGACGAUACGCAGCUACUGCAACAUGAUGGGAUCCAAAGCGCCAUUUUGCAUUGCAAGAAAUCUUUCAAUUCAAAUAGAGAAUCUUCUUGGUUGUCGAGAUGUACAAGUGAUUCUUCACAAGAGAAGCUAAGCAAUGCAUCUUCUACAGAUUCUUCUCUUUUGUCACGAGUUACAAGCAAUUCCUCAUACGAGAAACUGAUGGAUUCCGCAAGAAUAUCUAGUGAAGAAGGAACUGUCUUCAGCACCUGACGAAGUACUAGAAAUCUCGGGAAAAAAUGUUGUUAAUUAAAGCAAUAGAAAGAAAAUAUUGGACAGAGACCUUGAUUUUUAUUAUGACGACGUUAAAAAAAUGAAAGGGAAAAGAAAAAGAAAAGAAUUUAGAGAGGCUAGGAUUGUUGUUUGAUUGUUAGCUGUGCUGAGCAGUGAAUAGAGUAGGUUCACAUGUUAAGGUGAUGGGUCAUUAUGAAGAAAUUGAAAGUAACCUUUAUAUUUGGAUUUCUUUUUGUUGUUGGGUGACUGUGUAUGGUCUUGUAUUUCUGCAGUUAAGCAUUAUGUUACCUUUGAAAGGUAAGCUGUUCAUAUCAAAGAUGUGAUCAUUUCUGGAAUUGAAGGAGUUGAAAUGACUUAA